AUGGGACGGCUCUAUGGCGGGCGAUGGCUGCAACGCUUUACUCUUAUUUUCGUCGAGAUAUUCAGAGGCACGCCGCUAUUAACACAGAUGCUGAUUAUCUAUUUCAGCCUCGGUACGCUGGGAUUAUUACUCUCCGCAUUUGCGGCGGCAGUAAUAGCAAUCACGCUAAAUAGCGCGGCGUACAUGUCCGAAAUAUUUCGUUCCGGUAUUAUCUCUGUAGAUACAGGCCAAAAAGAAGCCGCCUUAUCUAUUGGCAUGACGGAAUUACAGUCAUUCCGCUAUGCGGUAUUGCCGCAGGCGAUGCGUGUCAUUAUUCCACCUAUGACCAAUUACGCGAUAAUUAUCAUCAAAUCAACAUCUCUGGCAUCGGCAAUUACCGCGCCGGAAUUGAUGAUGCAGGCUCACUCAUUGAGUAGCGAAUAUUUUAAACCAACUGAAAUUUAUACUUUAACCGCGGCUAUAUACAUUGUGAUCGCCUAUCCACUCUCGGUUAUUGCGCAUGUAUUAGAAAAGCGAUUAGCGCAGCAAGAUAAUAAACCUUCCUUUUUUUGA